AAAUGGUUUAUUAUCUCGCGGGUCUCCGUGUGGACCACCGACACAGACUGCACCUUUAUUUAUAGAUUCACAGCGCUGAAUGGCAGCGUUUGCGUUCAGGCAGCUCUCCGACUCUCUCUCUCUCUCUCUCUCUCUAUCCCUCCCUCCCUCUCUCUCUCUCUCUCUCUCUCCAUCUGACGUGCGAGUAAAAGAAGAAUGCCUCACCUUCAAGAUUUGCAGUGUUUUAACGAACUGACUGGAUUUUGCCUGUGAGGAUGAUUACACCGCGCCGCUCCGACUGACUGGGAAUUUGAAACAACAACAACAACAACGAAAUAUUGAUUUGAAUAAUAAGCGGCGCUGCUUUUAUUAUUUUUCCUUUGUUUUCCCCCCAACAUAUUAUUUAUUUAUUUAUUUCGUUGUUUUGUAUGACUCUCGGUCGGCGCGAUGCCUCUUAACUCCGCUCUUCGCUCUGCUCCGCUCUGAUGCAGAACAACCUGCCGUCGCUCCUCCGCCCGGCUCUCCUGCCUUCCUACGAGCGAAAACCUGCAGAAGAAUAUUUUUCUAAAAAUCGCCACGUUUCCCCCCAGAGCCCCCCACCGCGCGCUGUGUGCUCCUUUGAUUUGUUCUUCAUUUCCCCCCCUUUUUAUUUCAUUACUUGCCACCGAGUUUAGUGGUUAUGCUCGCCGUGGGUCAGAUGGACGGGUCCCGUCAGAGCUCCUUCCUCCUCGGCCCCCCUCCUCUGGCCGCUCUGCACACCAUGACCGAGCUGAAGGCGCCGCUGUACCCCUCGUACCCUCUGCCCUCCUCCUCCUCCUCCUCUUCAGCCUCCCCCACUUCGGCCUCCCCAAACCCGGGCGGUCUUCCUGCCUCCUCUCCGGGCUCCAAGACCCCCACAGGACCCCAGUCAGUCCCCCUCGGCACCCCGCACGGGAUAAACGACAUCCUCAGCCGGCCCUCCGUGCUCUCCUCUUCCCCUUCCUCCUCCUCCUCCGGGCCUGCAGCCUCCUCUCCGGCCGGCCUGCUCACCGGACUCCCGCGCUUCAGCAGCCUGAGCCCCCCUCCGCCCCCCGGCCUCUACUUCAGCCCCGGAGCGGCAGCGGCAGCAGCAGCGGUGGCCGUGGGCCGCUACCCCAAACCCUUGACCGAGCUGCCCCCAAGGACCCCCAUCUUCUGGCCUGGGGUGGUCCAGAGCCCGCACUGGAGGGAUGCCAGGUUCACGUGCUCACCCCAUCAGAACUCGGUGCUGCUGGAUAAGGACGGGAAGAGGAAGCACACCCGGCCCACGUUUUCAGGACAGCAGAUUUUCGCUCUGGAAAAGACUUUUGAACAGACCAAGUAUUUAGCGGGGCCGGAGCGCGCGCGCCUGGCCUACUCUUUAGGGAUGACCGAGAGCCAAGUGAAGGUCUGGUUCCAGAACCGCAGGACUAAGUGGAGGAAGCGGCACGCGGCGGAAAUGGCUUCGGCUAAGAAGAAGCAGGACUCGGAGACAGAGAGGCUGAAAGGGGCCUCAGAGAACGAGGAGGAUGAUGACGAUUACAACAAACCGUUAGACCCGAACUCCGACGACGAGAAGAUCACGCAGCUGCUGAAGAAGCACAAGGCGAACCCGGCGCUGCUGGCGCACACGGCGGACAGCGAGGGCUCGUAGAAGAGGCCGCCGCCUCUCACACAGUGACUGAACUAUCACCCGCACUCACUCUCCAUCAGCUCCGAAAGAGUGCGUGCGCGUGUUUUUGUGAGAAAGGACGCGAAGCUGAAGCUGAAGCCUCGCGCGCUCUUCCGGAGGAGCUCAGCAAUAGAGACGCUCCACGCGAGCUGGACGUGUACAGUAGCAGCGCGAGCGGUGUCCCACAGAAACUAUAUUACUGUGAAUAUUUAUGUGUAAAAUAUCAACUUUUUUGUAAAGUAAACAACUCGAACUCUUUCUGUUUCCGUUUCUGCUCCCGGCUCGUGCUGAUGUUCCUCUGCGGGCCGUUUCACUGAGUCUGUUCCAAUAAGCGGCUCAGCUUUAACUCCAGACUACAGCUUCAGCCCUUUCAGGAGAAAAGAGCAGCUCGUUGAGAUCACGGGAUAAUGUAUGAUUUCUCUUCGGUUUUUUUUUUGUUUUGCUACAUUUUGACGGUCCAGUUAGUCCAAACUGAGUUCAUCCACUGCUGUGGCCUGAGAAUGUAAAGAAUAAACGCCGUUUAACAACGAAACUAUAUUUGUAAUAUAAGGAAUAGUGUUCGCCUCAUAAUGAUAGAAUGACGUUCCCUUUACUUUUCACACUUAAUUUAUGAGAUUUCUCAGUUUGUAACAGUGUUUGAAAUGCAGACGCUUUGCAUAUUCGUGUGUAUUGCACUUUUAUUUAAUA